AAAUAAUGUGCUUACCUAUUUAACAGAUUCCCCCAUCUACAGAAGGAACGAAAAAAGCAGUAUCAAUGUUAAAAGUGCUAGGUAUAAGUUAAUUUAUAGUUGGCUUGAUUAAAUUAUUUGUUUUGCAAUCAUUUUAAGGAUUUUAUGAUUUCUUUACUAUAUUCAUCCUAUUUAUGGCAUGGGGAUAAUUGAAUUAUUGUAAUUGUGUGAUUGCUAUAUUCUACUUUUUAUAAAAUGUAUAGAAAUCAUAUAUUAUUUAGUUAUUGAUGAUUUUUAUAUUUUUUGGUAUGAAUGUUGAAUUGGACGAAGAAUUUUUCAAACCUACAGAUAAGGGUGUUACAAAUUUUAUUUUAUUUUUUUAUUAUCUUGCUGCAUGUUAUGUAGCAUUUUUAGCUUAUAAAGAAUUAAAAAUAUUUCGAUAUGACUAAAUGGGAGGAUUAAUAUAAACAAAUUAAUAGAAUGAUUUGGAAUAAAAUAACAAUCAACAAUAAUAUAAUUAAUAAUAAGCAUAUUAAAAUAUACCAACUUAGGGAUAAGGUUAAUAAUAAGAUUAGAGAGGAUAAUUUUAAGCUUUUACAGGAAGAGGAGUAUAAAUAGGAUGA